GAAAUACCCGCCAAUAACACGCACGGAAUAAACAGCACACUUCGCGCUAACCCACUGGAAAGAUUACUAAAUCACACUGGCAAGUCUUAUCAGAAAAGCAGUAGGUGGCAGCAUGAAGUACAUACUAGUGACAGGAGGUGUCAUUAGUGGUAUCGGCAAAGGGGUCAUCGCCAGCAGUCUCGGGGUCAUCCUCAAAUCCUGUGGCAUCAGGGUCACCUCCAUCAAAAUUGACCCCUACAUCAACAUUGAUGCAGGCACAUUUUCACCUUAUGAACACGGAGAGGUGUUUGUAUUGGAUGACGGUGGAGAGGUCGAUUUAGAUCUCGGUAAUUAUGAACGCUUCAUGGAUAUCAAACUUCACCGUGACAACAACAUCACCACAGGAAAAAUCUACCAACAUGUCAUCAACAGGGAAAGAAGGGGAGACUACCUAGGAAAGACUGUUCAAGUUGUGCCCCACAUCACAGAUGCCAUACAGGAAUGGGUAGAACGGGUGGCCAAGAUACCAGUAGACGGGGACAAUACACAGCCAGAAGUCUGUAUAGUGGAGCUAGGUGGCACUAUUGGUGAUAUAGAAGGCAUGCCCUUUAUAGAAGCCUUCCGACAGUUCUUUCAGUUUCGUGUGAAGAGAGAAGAUUAUUGCCUAGUCCACGUCAGUCUUGUUCCACAGCCACAAGCUACAGGUGAACAGAAGUCCAAGCCAACACAGUCCAGCGUGAGGGAGCUUCGUGGUCUGGGGCUCAGUCCAGAUCUGAUCGUGUGCCGGUGUCAGAAUCCAGUUGAUGACUCUGUCAAGGCAAAGAUUUCGUUGUUUUGCCAUGUAGAACCUGGACAGGUGCUUUCUAUACAUGAUGUAUCAUCCAUUUAUCGGGUUCCCUUACUGUUACAAGAGCAGGGUGUCUCCUUGUAUCUGAUUGAUAGACUUAAGAUGGCAAAGCUGUCCUCCCCACAUGCUGGUAACAUCAUGUUCAAGUGGAGAGAUCUGGCCGACAGGUAUGACCGUAUGCUGAAGGAGGUAACCAUCGCCCUUGUUGGCAAGUACACACGACUAGAAGAUGCCUAUGCCUCAGUGAUAAAGGCCCUUAAACAUUCCUCUCUCUCUGUCAGCCACAGACUUAACCUCAGGUACAUAGAGGCUACCCACCUGGAGGCAGACAUGCUGAAGGAAAGCCCAUCUAAAUACCAUGAGGCCUGGCACCAACUAGUUAGCUCUGAUGGAAUUCUAGUUCCGGGUGGAUUUGGUGUACGAGGUACAGAGGGAAAGAUACUAGCCACAAACUGGGCAAGAACUAAAAACGUUCCUUUCCUAGGUGUGUGUCUAGGCUUGCAGUGUGCAGCCAUAGAGUUUGCCCGCAGUGAGCUGGGAUGGACUGAUGCCCACUCUACUGAGCUUGACCCUCAGACCAAGCACCCUGUGGUGAUUGACAUGCCUGAGCACAAUACCGGACAGAUGGGAGCCACAAUGAGGCUGGGCAAGCGUAAAACACUCUUCAAGACAGAAAACUCGAUCAUAAAGAGACUAUAUGGGAAUGUACAAUUUGUGGAGGAAAGACACCGUCAUCGGUAUGAGGUAAAUCCAAAAUACAUUAAGGAUUUUGAGGAUCGAGGAAUGAAGUUCGUAGGACGGAGUGAAGAUGGACAGAGAAUGGAGAUAUUAGAACUUGAAAAUCACCGGUACUUUGUCGCUGUGCAGUACCAUCCUGAGUACAUAUCCAGACCCAUGAAGCCAUCCCCUCCAUACCUAGGUCUUCUGUUAGCGUCCUGUGGCAAGCUGUCGAGUUACGCAGCACGAGGCUACAGACUGUCACCCCAUCUGUCGUACAGUGAGGGAAACAACUCUGAGGAUGAGGAGAUUGCCUCCAUUGUGCAAAACCUUCAAGUGAGCUCUUCCUCUUCAAGCAGUAAAUCUUCCUUGGAAAGUUCCCCCAAAGCACAGGCUGAAGGUGCAAAUUAGUACUACCAGUGCCUGCAUUCUGUGAUCUUGUAUUGCUUGCCUCUUCUCAUCUACCAGUUGUUAACAGAUUUCUCCUGUAACAUCAGUUACGUCCAAGUAUACCAGAUGUUCCUGUCCUAUCCAAGUAUACCAGAUGUUCCUGUCCUAUCCAAGUAUACCAGAUGUUCCUGUCCUAUCCAAGUAUACCAGAUGUUCCUGUCCUAUCCAAGUAUACCAGAUGUUCCUGUCCUAUCCAAGUAUACCAGAUGUUCCUGUCCUAUCCAAGUAUACCAGAUGUUCCUGUCCUAUCCAAGUAUACCAGAUGUUCCUGUCCUAUCCAAGUAUACCAGAUGUUCCUGUCCUAUCCAAGUAUACCAGAUGUUCCUGUCCUAUCCAAGUAUACCAGAUGUUCCUGUCCUAUCCAAGUAUACCAGAUGUUCCUGUCCUAUCCAAGUAUACCAGAUGUUCCUGUCCUAUCCAAGUAUACCAGAUGUUCCUGUCCUAUCCAAGUAUACCAGAUGUUCCUGUCCUAUCCAAGUAUACCAGAUGUUCCUGUCCUAUCCAAGUAUACCAGAUGUUCCUGUCCUAUCCAAGUAUACCAGAUGUUCCUGUCCUAUCCAAGUAUACCAGAUGUUCCUGUCCUAUCCAAGUAUACCAGAUGUUCCUGUCCUAUCCAAGUAUACCAGAUAUUCCUGUCCUAUAAGUAAUUGCUCACUAAGACUUGGUGGGCAUAUUAUGUAUCACUUCGUGGUAAUGUUAUUUGUGUUUGCAUGAUUUAUAAUAGAAUUAAACAUUGAGUCACAACUACAAAAAUAUGUAUUUAAUUGCCUGUUGCGAUUCACAGGGGCAUUUUCACUGUUGCAUUAAGACCAGAUUAUUUUUUUUCCACACAUAAUUAUGACUGUUUUCUCAUUUGCAAAUAAUUUGUGGGAGCUUGGAAUUCCAGUACAUGUUUUGUAUUCAGACUUCGGACAAUUGAAAAAAAAUUGAAUAUGAAAACUGCAUUUAACACUCUGUUAAUACCAUUUUAUAUUGUUUUUUUGUUUGUUUUUGUAAUUGUUUAUUUUUCGACGUUUUUUUUUCAUAAUUCAUAUAAUCAUGUUUAUUUUAUGUUUUUAUAAUACAUUUAAUCAUAUAUAAUUAUGAAAAGCAACACACUCAUACUCACACUUACAAAACAUACAUGCUAGCACGAUAUAUCUUCAUAAUCUGCACAUGCACAGGUCAGGUAUACAUCAUACAACCAUCAUAUUCUGUAUAUAUAAGAAGCAUACAUGUAGUUCAAACUUCCAAGCCUACCAUAGUACAUGUAUCACUGUUCACCAACACACACACACAUCACAAUGUGUACGUGAUUAUUUGGUCACCAUCGUGCACUAAUAUAUCUACAUUGUCGACACUUAUACAUGUUACUGCACUGUAUACAUGUUCGAUAAUAGCCAUUUAAUUGUAUAAACAUACAGUCCAUGAUGUAUUCCGACCAGUAUAUACAUGAAUAUGUACAAUAUAUAUACACACAUGCAUACACAAAACCCUGCAUUAUUGUAUUGCCUUUUACACUAGUAUCAAGUCAGCUAUCUAUAUAUAUCUACACUCAUUUGUCUCAUAUCUAGCUGUAUCUAUUAUUCAUCUAUUACACACACACACAACACACCAUCACACACACAACACACCAUAACAAACCCUCAGACACCUAUCCAUUACACACACUAA